UCAACAUAUUUCUCCGCACCCAAAACCCAUCCAGCGAACGGCACGGGAGGCCUAGUCCUAGAAUGAGCUCCUCCUCAACCGCCAGUUUAGUAGCAAAGCCAAUAGUUUUGUUCACAGUCACCAUCAGCAUCACCAUUUUCUUUGUGCUAUCUUCUCGACCAUACCCGUAUCUGAUCAAACCCGCCCCCGUCUCCGCCCCUAUGGCUCGGAGCUUCAUUCUUUGGCUUCAUGGGUUGGGCGAUUCGGGCCCGGCAAAUGAACCCAUCAAAACCUUCUUCACUUCUCCUCACUUCAAAAAUACCACUUGGGCUUUCCCUUCUGCCCCAUCAAAUCCUGUCACUUGUAAUUAUGGUGCUGUGAUGCCUUCAUGGUUUGACAUUCAUGAGAUACCUGUGACAGCGAAUUCUCCUAAAGAUGAAAGUGGUGUUCUCAAAGCCGUGCAGCAUGUUCAUGCAAUGAUAGACAAAGAGAUUGCAUCUGGAAUAAAUCCAGAUAAUGUAUUUAUAUGUGGAUUUAGUCAAGGAGGUGCCUUGACGUUGGCUAGUAUUUUGCUAUAUCCAAAAACUUUGGGAGGAGGUGCUGUAUUCAGUGGAUGGGUUCCUUUUAAUUCUUCGAUACUUGAUCAAAUUAAGCCCCCUGCAAAGAAGACACCAAUUUUAUGGUCCCAUGGUAUGGAUGACAGAACAGUACUCUUUGAAGCAGGGCAAGCAGGUCCUCCAUUCGUUGAGCAAGCUGGAGUAAGCUGUGAGUUCAAGGCUUAUCCUGGUCUUGGUCACUCAAUAAGCGGUGAGGAGCUGCGUAGCCUGGAAUUGUGGAUUAAAAGCCGUCUACAGAGCUCUUCCUGAAGGUAUAUUCAAAGAGUGGCAAGGUUGGCUGAAGAUUCUCUCAUCCUUAUUAUAAGCACAUGAGAGAAUCAACCAAAGGGGAAACGAAACAACAGUUGUUGAUGAUCAGGUAGGUACUUCAGGCCACCCUGUGAAAAGGGUACUCGCGCUCCGUAUUUAUUUGUCUACGGGUAGUUUCAGAUUUGGUAUCUGAGCUUUUGUGGCAUGGACGCAAGAGGCUGUUUACAAAUUUGGUUUGGUGGCCUCAGAUUCCGGGGACAGAGAACCAUGUCGGGCCCAUCCAUUAGGGAUUUUUACUCAUUGAUCAUAUCAUCAAUCACAAGUUUUUGUAUUUAUUAUUCGUACGACAGAGAUUCGCUCAGUUACAUGCUAAAUGGUUCUGAUGCCAAGGAAAAAUAUUUUUGAGUGACCUGCCUACAUCA